UUAAAGACAACUUCUUUUAAUUUUUAUUCUCAGAUGCUAGAAUAAAAGUUAUGGAACCCCGAACCAUUUUGCCAGAAAGUGUACCCAAAAUUCACUUAAAAUAUUUGCGACCUCCACACACUCUCUACCGAAAAAAAAAAAACUUUUUGAUUCCCUUAACCAUCGUUCUUCUCAAAUAUUCCGAUUAUAUCCCCAUGGCUUCUCCCAGAAAGAGCCCGUUAUCGGAACCCGGAGAUCGCCAGUCCGCUGCGGCAAUCGUAGUCCAACCGUCGUCCCCGCGCUACCCUCCCAGCGGGACUCCCACCUCCGGAGCCCAGCGCCGAAUCGGGAUCGCCGUCGAUCUCAGCGACGAGAGCGCCUUCGCCGUUAAAUGGGCCGUCCAGAACUACCUCCGCCCCGGAGACGCCGUCAUCCUCCUCCACGUCCGUCCCACCAGCGUCCUCUACGGCGCCGACUGGGGCGCCACCGACGUCUCCAUCCCCGAGGACCAGGAGUCCCAGCAGAAGCUCGAGGACGAUUUCGACAAUUUCACCGUCACCAAGGCCAACGACCUCGCCAAGCCGCUCGAGGAGGCCAAGAUGCCGUACAAGAUCCACAUAGUCAAGGACCAUGACAUGAAGGAGCGGUUGUGUUUGGAGGUCGAGAGGCUCGGCCUCAGCGCCGUCGUGAUGGGCAGCCGGGGAUUCGGGGCUUCUAAGCGGACCUCCAAGGCCAGGCUCGGCAGUGUCAGUGACUACUGCGUGCAACACUGCGUUUGCCCUGUCAUCGUCGUGAGGUUCUCCGAUGACAAGGAUGAUGAAAUCGACGCCGUAAAGCAAGGUAAUUUUGACUGCCCCGUCGUGCCUGAGGAGGAGCCGGAGUUUCAUGAUGCUUUGGAUAAAGAAUCUGUGUUUGGAGAUGAUUAAAGGUUUGUCCUUGGGAUUAGCUUGGGAUCAAUGUCUGAUUAGUAGAUGCCGAUAAGGCGCGCUGAACAACAGAUGGAGAUGCUGGAUGAGCUUUCAGAUGAUGUUGAUCAAAUACUCCUGGUUCAUAUGUAAUCACAUUGUAUGGAAAAAGUGUGGCGGUACUACUGAGUCUCUGUUUUUGCUUUCUUUUAUUCCGGUAUGGCGGGUACUGAAUCUACUGAUCGUUGUUUUAACCACCUUUUUACUGCUUUCGCAUGGUUUAUGAAGCUCCGGGGUGAUGAAUAAUGGAUGAGUGUCCUUUCUUCUUCCUUUCA